AUGGCUUAUUCAAAAACCAUUAAAAAUAAAGGCUCAAAACCUUGUGUGGUUUUGUUAAAUGAAUCAGGAAACCCAUAUCUAAUUGAAGAUGAAAUUUUUCAAAAAGAAUUACGUCAAAAUUGUUUGAUAAUCAAUAUUGGAGAUUUCAAUUUACGAAAAAAGGAUGAGGAUGGAAAUCUGACAAAUGAAUCUUUGCGUUAUGGUGGAAAAUUAUUGUUAACUUUGGAGGAUUUCGAAUAUGAUAAAACGUUAAAUUAUGAAAAUGGUAAUGGGAAAC